UUUUUUUGAAAAUUUCUUUUUGAAUUAAAGAUUUUGGCUGAUUUUUCUUCACGUGAACAAAACAAAACAAAACAAAAAAUCUAGAUUGAUCGACAAACAAAAAACAUUCAAUUCAUCAUAUCUGAUCCUGUUGACAAAGGCGUUAUAAAUAUUUAUAUAUUUCUUCCACAUACUACUAAUAAUCAAUAAUCAAUAAUAAAAAAAAAUGUCGAUGACACAAAGUUUUGAUUAUGAUCAAUCAUCUAAUACUAAUGCUAAUGCAGCGACAACCGGAAUGGCCGGUGGUGGUGGUGGUGGUGGUGGUGGUACGAACGCUGAAUAUGAUUUAAAAGAUGCACAACUUGACGAAGCAUCUGCAUCCACCGAUCAACAUGGUUUUGGACCUGGUAAUAUUCUUGGUGGUGGUAUUGGUAAUCUUACACAACAAGCUAGCCAAGUGGUAAAACAAGGUGCCGAUGCUGUUGUCAAUGCCGGUAAAGGAAUCGUUGAAAUGGGUGGUUCAGUUAUUUCUGGAUUGAAACGUGGUUUCAGUAAAACAAGCGAAGGUAGUGGUGGUGAAUGAAAAAAAUGAAAAAUGAAAAAAAAAUGUCCAAUGUUGGUCGUCGUUGUUGUUCAUUGUUCAUUGUUGUUUGAUCAAUUGAUGAUUACAUAAUGAAAAAAAAAUUCUGCAUCUGUUAUCACAUUCACAAACACAGACAAAAAAAAACGACAAAUUUUCAUGGUGUCUAAAAAUUCUAAAAAAUUUUUUUUCUUUUGCCUAUCCACAUUCUAUUCAUCAUCGAUAAAUUUUCAUCGAUAUCAAUCAAACAAUCAUUGAACCAUUUAAGUAGUAGUUAAAUAUCCAGAAUAUUAUUAAUGUGUGUGUGUGUGUGUGUGAUGAAUUUUUUUUUUUUUUGGUUCAUGUUUAUUAUUUCU